GAGUAUAACUAUAAUUACUUUGUAAAACAAUACGAGUAGUGUUGUUAACCUGAAUGGUGUUGACAGUUGUCACUGAAAGGAAAUGGCAUCAGAUUCAAAGAGACCCAAGCUAGGAAACGACUGCACAUCAGAGGACUGUCUCGAUGAGCGCUUAAAGCACUUCUUACAGUGGUGUAAACAAGUGGAGCUGACACUCAGCAGCAAGGUCUGUCUAAGCAAACAGGGCACAGUGGCUGACUAUGGCAUGCUGGCUAAGGACGACAUAGAGGAAGGAGACGUCCUCUUUAGUAUACCCAGGGAAGCUCUACUUCACCAGGGUACUUCCAGGGUCCAAACUGUACUCAAAGAGGGUAAAAGUUCCCUUGAGAAUGCAUCAGGGUGGGUUCCUCUCCUUCUAGCACUGAUGUAUGAGUACACGUGCCCACAGUCUCACUGGAUGCCCUACCUGUCCCUCUGGCCAGACUUUAGGCUGCUGGACCACCCAAUGUUCUGGCCUAAAGAAGAGCGAGACAGGCUCCUGAAAGGCACAGGCAUCCCUGAGGCAGUGGACACAGACCUGGCCAACCUGCAGAGGGAGUACAAGGACAUUGUUCUGCCGUUCAUGCGGUCACACCCUGACCUGUGGGACCCUAGCAAACACACACCGGAGCUCUACCAAAGCAUGGUGGCUUUCGUCAUGGCUUACAGUUUCCAGGAGCCUGUGGAGGAAGAUGAAGAUGAGGAGAAAGAACCUAACCCUCCCAUGAUGGUGCCUAUGGCAGAUAUGUUGAACCAUGUGUCCAAUCACAAUGCUAAUCUGGAAUACACACCUGAUUGUCUGAAAAUGGUUGCAGUUCGGAACAUUCGGAAGGGUGAAGAAGUGUUUAACACAUAUGGCCAGAUGGCUAACUGGCAGCUUUUACAUAUGUACGGCUUUGCAGAGCCUUAUCCUACCAACAGCCACGACACGGCCGACAUCCCAAUGUCCCAUGUGUAUAAAGCAGCCGCGCAAGUCACUCAGAGUGAGGCUGAACGCCGCGUCCUGGAGGAGAAGUGGAACACGCUAUGUGAGAUGGAGAUGGCGGGGGACAAAGGGGUCUUCAUCUUCGGCAAAUCUGGCUGCCUUACAGACCACGAGCUCUACACUACGCUCAAGAUUCUGUGCAUGCCGCCAAAGGACUUUGAGGAGUUCAAAGAGAACGAGGGAUGGGAGGAAGAAGAAGAAGAUGAAGAUGAGAAGAUUGCGCAGGCUUUGAGUAAUGAGGGUAUUCCUGGACUGGCUCCUGACUGGAAGCGUCUGCUGCACGCGGCAGUGGGCGUCACGCUGGACUCAUACUGCACGGAUGUGGAGGUAGAUCGGAAACUUCUGGAAGACCAGGAGGCUCUCAGCAAACUGAGCAGUCGGGAGAGGAGAGCUCUGCAUGUUCGCUACGGACAGAAAACCAUCCUUCACCAUCUUCAGCAGCUCACUAAAACCAGCACGUCCUAACACCACAUCUCUUACCUAAACUACAGAACCAUUUUUACCACAUCACCAUUCACAUACAUGCUCCACUAUACAAAGCAGACUGACUGUAGAUGGUCCAACUUACUCCAAAGUUUAUCUCCUAGUAACUCUGUCCUAGCAAUUUCAUUCACCCAGUCAUUUGGUGAAACCAGCAAUUACUAUAUCUAGCACAAGAUGAAGUUCUCAGUGCAUACCGAGUCCAGACGUGCACAGGAGAAACCACUUAAAGUUGCCUGUAAUCUGUACGAUCUAUGGAAUUUUUAACUUUAUCAAACCCGUGUGUUUUUUGUUUGUUUUACUGUAACAACAUCCCUGCUCAUCACACACUUUUUACUCGUGUUGUAAACUGGUCCAUUCGGUGAUCCUUCUGUUGAUAGCAAUUAGUGAAAGAUCUCACAGUGUCACCAUAUUGUGCAGCAUGAGAUGCCCACAUGACAUUGCAUGGACUCAGCGGCUUGGAUUUUUGCAAGUCUCUGAAUUUAGUAAAGUAGA